UGAGCUACCUAUCUAGACAACAUUGUGAGGCAGCAUAUGCUCGUUGCGUGUUCCGGGUCAGUGGCAUUCUAGGCUAAUUCCGUGUGAGUUAACAUGAUUUAUUAGGUAUCCAAACCAGCUGAGCUCACUUCGAGCUCACAUUUGUUGCCAAAGCAGUCUGUCUAGGUAGGCAGCUCACUAGGUUUUGUAACGCACCCGAUAUUUAGGAAGAGGUCCGUCCGUGAACCGGUCCGUCUGAGCAUUGCAUGGUGCAAAUUCAUCAUCUCAUGCAGUAAUCUCAGAUUCAUUCAGCCUUCGACUUUCUGACCCGCCAACAGAGACGCGAAGUCUCGGGGUUUUUUUUACAUCAUCUAAAUUUAGACCAAACUGUCGUCGAUCUUAAUCGACCGAGUGCCGGUGAGAGUUGUUAUUCGGGUUUGAUCAGUCCGAUGGCGGAGGUUUCAGGUACAUCGAGUGAGACGAUAACGGAGACCGUUCAGACGGGCACACCGCCGCCACCCCAGCAGGAGGGAAGAAGCCUGACUAUCAAGCUCAGGAAAAGGAAGACAGAGAAAAAAGUGGAGUGGUCCAGUGACACAGUGGACAAUGAACAUCUGGGCAGGAGGUCUUCAAAGUGUUGCUGUAUUUACGAGAAGCCUCGACAGUUUGGUGAGUCCUCCUCGGAAAGUGAGGGAGAUGACGAGGAAGGCUGUGGAAGUGCGCACUGCAUUCUUGGACAUGGAAGAAGAGGUCAUGGACAGACAGAGGGUGGGGGGAGCACCAUCCCCCCCAGCUCCGGUGGAACAAACCCUCACUAAUUUUUAAUGAGGGUGGGAGAUUUUAUUUGGAGGGUAAUGGGCAGAAUGGGCACUACAUUCAUAAUCCUUCAUCCUCACUCACACUGAAUUACAUUACACCAUCACUGGGUGUCAAAAGCUUUUUGAUUAAUGAAAGCUUAUAGAGAAAUUAAAUGUGAUUAGUUUUCUCUGCAGUCAUUAAUAUGAUGACGAGGGGAAGACUAAAUGUUUUUUUGUUUUGUCUUUUUGGUGAUCUGAAUGCUGCAGAACAUUUCAAUUUGUUGUAAAUACACAAUGGUUUUAUUUCUUUUUGUAAACUCAAUAUAUUUAUUUGUUAUCAGUUCUGUGUCCACAAAGGCCUCUUUUAUCAUGCCAGAUUUAAUUAAUUAAGAACCCAACUGAGCGUAAAGGAAUAUUUCGGGUUCAAGUUAAGCUUAGCGAUUUCGACAGCAUUUGUGGUAUAAUGUUGAUUACCACAAAAAAUAUUUUCAUCCCUCCUUUUCUUUAAAAAAAAAACAAAAAAAAGCAAAAAUCUGGAUAACUUCUAAUGGAAGUGAAUGGGGUUCAGUCUGUAAACAUUAAAAUACUCACUGUUUUAAAAGUAUAGCCACAAGACGUAAACAAUAUGUGUGUUAACAUGAUUUUAGUGUGAUAAAAUCACUUACCAGGAUCACAGUGUUUACCAACGUUACAUCGCCAUGACGAUAAAGUUGUAAUAUUAGCUAUAACUUUACACAGAUAAAGUAAGUGAUUUUAUCACACAAAAAUCAUGUUAAUAUGCAUAAUGUAGUGUGGUAAUACUUUUGAGACCAUUUGCAUUUUAACAUUUUGGCCCCGUUCACUUCCAUUAUAAGUUCCACUCUAAUCCAGAUUUUUGCUUUCUUUAUUUUUUCUUUUUUUUUAAAUAAACAAGGGAUGAGGCAAAAUUAUUUUUUUGUGACUAUCAGCAUUAUUAGUAAUUCUGUUUAUUGAGCUUGUAUUGAACCUGGAAUAUUCCUUUAAGAAUCAAAAGCUCAUACCUAUUUGUUAAAUCAAAAACUUCAAAAAGGAAUUGCAUUUGACCUAAUUGCAGUAUAUAUAAUGUUAUUUGCCUCGCAGUGUCACAAUUCCAGCAACAGUUUUGCUUCAUAUCUCUUGAUCACCUGGGAAAAUUCAAACAUAACAAUGUAUUGUGUGCUGUAGUUGAGAUAACUGAGAUCCCUUUGAAUAUUUUUACACGGCACGUUAAAUCAUCUCCGUAAGUCAUCACUAGUUUGAUUGAGGUAUUUAGCUAUGUUCAGAAUGGAAUGCUAGCUUACUACUUACUAAUAUACUGCACAGUAUACACUGUGUACUGCUUUUUAAAAAAAAAAACAAACAAAAAAAAUGUAUGUAUAUAUAUAUAUAUAUAUAUAUAUAUAUAUAUAUAUAUAUAUAUAUAAAAUAAGUGACAGAUGCAUUAUGCAACAAAAAAACAUUAUGCUACAUUGUUGUCACAUGACCUCGAGUUAUCUUCUUGGACAUGAAUAUGUUUGUUUUUCAUUCUUAAUUCAGUUUUGUGUAACAAUGCCUUGGCUUUUGGCAGUCAGAUUAAAUAAUGAGUGAAAAUAGCAUGUUAAGAAUUGUGACUGAUAAAUGCAUUGUGGGAUACAAUAUUCGGUGCAGUGGGCUUUGUUGGAUACUGUGCAUUUUGCAAAAUGAAAACUGUGAACGGGAUAUAUACUUUAUACCUGCAGAAAUAGUAGUAUGUUAGUAUGCUAUUCUGAACAUAGCCAGUGAGACAACUGACUUCCCUUAGACAAUCAGAGAAGUAUCUUUCAACUAUUAAAGGACUCGGUAUGUACAUAGAUUUUUUUUUUUUUUUUAUGUUUAAUUGUGGAGGGACACAUCUCAAGAGCACUGAAAAACAUCUCUACUUCUACUUCUCCAUGUCUGAAUGUGAUUUGAGAACACCACCUUGAUCAUUGGAUCAGAGAUUACCAAAAUACCACAAGUAAGAAACGAGCUGUAAUGUGAUUUAAAAGCGAUAAGAUGAUAGUCCCUAUGCAAGGACAUCUCACAAUAGACAAAAGCAGAAGUGACAUUUAACCACAGGUUUAACCUCCCAAUUUAUUUAGACUGUUGGAUUUGGCAUAGAAGUAUUUGGAAGCUGCCACAUACUGGGGGAAGAUGCUGCUUUUUCAGCAGAAAUUGCAAUAAAUUCCAGCUAAAAGUGGGAAAGGUGCAUGCCGUCAGGAAGGUGUUUAGCAGUUUAGCUUGAUGUAAGCUUUAAGGUGUAAACUGAUAUUAUGUGGUGGUGGUGGUGGUGGACCGUGUUCUGUAAAGAUCACAGAAGUGUGCAUGCUGGAUGCUUGCCAAGACCAAAAUUCACAUCUUAUUUCCUUUUCGGUCCCACAUAUUUAAUUAGUUUACAGUUUAUUCCCACACGGAACUGUAUUCCACCAUUCACACACAUCAGUUAUCACCAUGAAUGCACCUGUAUGUACGGAUUUAAUAUGAGCAGAUGUUAAAUAAUGUUGUUUAUAUCGAUUAAAUGCUUCAACAAUGGCAACCUGA